UUCUUCACAAAUCAGUGUUUUUGGGCAACCUUAACAAUCCCAAACCCUCUAAUUAUCAAACAAUCAAUUGAACUCCUCGACAACAAGCAUCAAAAAGAAGGGAAUGUCUUCAGUUAGCAUGUCACCCUCAAAGGAGAAAAAAUGCCAAUGUGGAGUUCCAAUGUCUAGGCUGACUGCUUGGACUAAGGAGAACCCAGGACGCAAGUUUAGGACCUGCAAAUUCUAUGAUCCUGUGACUGAGUCAAGGGGGUGUAAAGCUUUUGAGUGGGUGGAUCAACCAGAUGGAACACCUUGGCAAACAGAGGUGAUUAACAACUUGCUGCUGGACAAGAAACUAAUGAAGGGAGAGCUGAAUGACAUGAAGAGGGAAGUUGAUGAUGUUAGUGGACAAAGGAGGUGCUUGCUCAAUGAGAUUGACAGCUUGAAGAUGAAAUGCAAAGCUCUUAGCUCAGACAGGAAGAAGAUGAUCAAGGAAGUGCAUGGCAGCAAUGCAACAACAAAGAAAAUGCUCACAGUACAUGCUAUUGUUGUGUUUUGUUGUUUUGGUUUGGUACUGGCUAUGUAUUUUAGAUCUUAGGUUCAUUUAGGAAUGCUUAGAAACAAAAAAAAUCCCCAACUUAUGUUGUGUUUUGUUGAAUUAUUAUGUGUGGAUGUUGGGAUGACAUUUCUUGUACUACUUUUAACAAAAUCAAUGAGAAAUGGAACUUUUUGGUAGAAACAUAUCACAAUUAGUAUUAGUACUUGCAACACAAUGUUUGAAAUUGUUUUACAUUGGCUGAGACAAAAGUUAAGGCACCUUUGUGCAAAAUCAUUGUUCAACUAUCAUUGUUCAACUACCAAAUAAACUUGGUUGUCUAUUAC